AUGACCUCUCGAGAUGGGUUUCAGUGGACGCCAGAAGACGGACUUAAACAGGGAGUUCCAUCCAUCGGCGUCAUAUCACCCCCUACAAAUGUCGCUUCUGCAUCCCAGCCAUGGGAUGUGAUUGUCAUCGGAGGAGGGUACUCUGGAUUGACAGCAACUCGCGAUUUAUGUGUCGCCGGACUUCGAGUGCUACUAGUAGAAGCACGCGACCGUAUCGGUGGACGAUCAUGGUCCUCCAACAUUGGAAACUAUCCCUUUGAGAUGGGUGGUACAUGGGUUCAUUGGGGACAGCCACAUGUGUGGCGAGAGAUAUCCAGAUACAACAUGCGAUCCGAGAUGGAACCAUCCUUUGAUUUCUCUCGAGGGGUCAAUCAUUUCCAACUGCGUACCAACGAUGGGACGAGUAUUAUGAGCCAUGAAGACGAGGAUACGCUGCUGGCAACUGCCCUGCAUAAAUUUGUGGAUGUUGAUGGGAGCUUGGGUCGCAAGGUCAUUCCAUUUGCUCACGACGCCUUCCAUGUCCCCGAAGCACGCCAGUAUGACAGCAUGUCUGCGAAGGAUCGUUUGGAUGCUAUCGCGUUAUCCCUUACACCAAACGAGCGUGCUGCACUCGAGAGCUUCGUGCUUCUUUGUAGCUGUGGCACCUUGGAGACUACUAGCUUCUUUGAGUUUCUUCACUGGUGGGCAUUGUGCGGCUAUACCUACCAAGGAUGCAUGGAUUCUCUGAUUUCAUACAAGUUCAAGGGAGGCCAAUCUUCAUUUGCAAUCAGAUUCUUCUCUGAAGCAAAACAAUCAGGCAGACUUUCGUACGUCUUCAACAGCCCAGUCAGGUCAAUCACCGACGAAGGUGGCAAAGUCACCCUGACGACUCGGGAUGGCCGCCAAUACAUAGGCGCUCGUCUUGUAUCUACCAUUCCCUUGAACGUUCUGAACUCCAUCUCCUUCACUCCACCUCUGGACCCACAGCGCAUGGCUGCUGCAAACAAGGGACAUGUUAACCAAUGUGUGAAGGUGCAUGCUGAAAUUUCCAACAAGGAUAUGCGCUCAUGGACAGGAAUCUCGUAUCCCUUCAACAAGCUCACAUAUGCGAUCGGUGAUGGAACUACCCCAGCUGGAAAUACCCACAUAGUCUGCUUUGGUGGAUUCCAUAACCACAUGCACCCCGAAGAGGACGUUCAAGAGACCAAGAAGGCCGUUGAAAACAUGGCACCCGGAAACAUGGAUAUCAAGCGACUAGUCUUCCAUAACUGGAGUAAGGACGAAUUCGCAAAGGGUGCUUGGUUCUUCUCUCCCCCUGGGCUGCUAUCAACCUCACUGGAUGCACUACGUAGACGCCAUGGAAACAUUGUCUUUGCCAACUCAGACUGGGCUGCGGGUUGGCGUAGCUUUAUUGACGGGGCCAUUGAAGAGGGCACGCGUGCAGCCAUGACGGUGAAGGAGGAGCUACAACCUAGCCCUGCUCCUCGACUUCGAUUGUAG